GUCUCUAUCAUGUGUGCGGUCCUCUCUCCAUUGAAAUCAUCAGAGAGACAGACUGAACCUCUACUCCAAGCAAGCUCCACUCAACUUCCGCCAUUUUUACCUGCAUCACUCGAUUUCGAAGUGAUAAGUGCUGUGAAAAUGCCGGUGUUUGCGAUGAAAUCGAGCUCCAUUGCAGCUGUUUUCUCUAUUUAACUGAGAACAAUUGUUGUUAGAUCUUCUUACUGUUCGCUUUGGGCUUGAAAUCUUCAUUUUAUUCAGUUUGAUUCUCAAUGGCGACGAGGCUAGGGAUGUUUUUCUGUGCGAUCCUUCUAUCGGUGCUUUUUGGCGUUGAAUCGAAGUUCAUGGUGUAUAAUACUUCGCAGACUGUUGUUCCUGGGAAGCUUAAUGUUCACUUGGUUGCGCAUACUCAUGACGAUGUUGGAUGGUUGAAGACGGUUGAUCAGUACUAUGUUGGGUCGAACAACUCCAUCCAGGGAGCUUGCGUGCAGAAUGUAUUGGAUUCUGUGGUUUCAGCUCUACUGGCUGACAAGAAUCGAAAAUUUAUAUAUGUUGAGCAGGCAUUUUUCCAAAGAUGGUGGAGAGAUCAGAGUGAGAUUGUACAGGAUGUAGUCAAGAAACUAGUUGGCUCGGGUCAAUUAGAAUUCAUAAAUGGGGGCAUGUGUAUGCAUGAUGAGGCAGCAACACACUACAUUGAUAUGAUUGAUCAAACAACCCUUGGGCAUAGAUUUAUAAAGGAGGAAUUUGGCGUUACUCCUACAGUUGGCUGGCAAAUUGAUCCCUUUGGCCAUUCUGCUGUGCAGGCUUACCUAUUGGGUGCAGAAGUUGGAUUUGAUUCACUCUUUUUCGGCCGGAUAGAUUAUCAAGACAGAGCCAAGCGUAAAAUUGAGAAGAGUCUUGAAGUUGUUUGGCAGGGUUCUAAAUCCCUUGGUUCAUCUGCUCAGAUUUUUGCUGGUGCUUUCCCUGAAAACUAUGAACCUCCUUCUGGUUUCUACUUUGAAGUUAAUGAUGCUUCCCCAAUAGUUCAAGAUGAUAUUAACUUGUUUGAUUACAAUGUUCAAGAUCGAGUGAAUGACUUUGUUGCUGCUGCAGUAGCGCAGGCAAACAUAACUCGAACAAAUCAUAUAAUGUGGACAAUGGGAACAGAUUUCAAAUAUCAAUAUGCACACACCUGGUUCAGGCAGUUGGACAAGCUCAUUCACUACGUGAACAAGGAUGGACGUGUAAAUGCUUUGUACUCUACUCCAUCUGUUUACACAUCUGCAAAAUUUGCUACAAAUAGUUCCUGGCCAGUCAAGACUGAUGACUUUUUUCCCUAUGCAGAUCGAGUAAAUGCUUACUGGACCGGAUAUUUCACAAGUAGGCCAUCCAUUAAGUACUUUGUCAGAAUGAUGAGUGGUUAUUAUCUGGCAGCAAGGCAACUGGAGUUUUUCAUUGGAAGGAGUAGCACAGGCUCAAAUACAGAUUAUUUGGCUGAUGCCUUAGCAAUUGCUCAACAUCAUGAUGCAGUUACCGGUACAGAAAAGCAGCAUGUGGCAAAUGAUUAUGCAAAACGACUGUGGAUAGGCUAUAAGGAGGCAGAGAAGUUAGUGGCAUCUGCACUUGCUUGCUUAGUGGAGUCCACUCCAUAUUCUGAAUGUGGUAACCCAACCGCAAAGUUCCAGCAGUGCCCCCUCCUGAAUGUAAGCUAUUGUCCUGCAUCAGAACUUGAUCUAUCUCAAGGAAAAGAUUUGGUUGUUGUUAUCUACAAUCCUCUUGGAUGGACUAGGAGGGAUAUCAUACGAAUACCUGUUAUCAGCGAAGAUGUUGCAGUUAAAGAUUCCGAAGGGAAAGUAAUCGAGUCACAGCUCCUUCCUCUUACUGAUGCAAGCAUGCACUUGAGAAUUUAUCAUGUAAAGGCCUACUUUGGUAGCAUCCCUACUGCAACUCCAAAAUUUUGGCUUGCGUUUCCAGUUUCAGUUCCACCAUUUGGCUUCAGCACAUAUAUUAUCUCAACUUCCAGUAGGGCAGGCGUUAAGUCAAUAAAAUCUUCAAUCCAUACAUUUCCGAGUGCUGAACUACCCACUUUUCAAGUCGGUAAUGGAAACCUGCAGCUUAAAUUUUCUGUGGAUCAAGGAAAAAUUGUUUACGGCAACAGCAAGAGAUCAUUGAAGGUUGAUGAAUUGGUUGAGCAAUCAUACAGCUACUAUUCAGGAUAUGAUGGCAGUCGUGACAAAGCUCCGCAGAACGCUGGGGCCUAUAUUUUCCGUCCAAACGGGACAUUUCCCAUAGCACCCACUAAACAGGUUCCCUUGACAGUUAUGCGAGGUCAUUUGGUGGAAGAAGUACAUCAACAGAUAAAUCCCUGGAUAUAUCAGGUAACCAGACUUCAAAAGGAAAAAGACCACGUUGAAGUUGAAUUUACUGUUGGGCCUAUACCUAUUGAUGAUGGAAUUGGCAAAGAGGUAGCCACUCAAAUUACUACUGCUAUGAAAACCAACAAAACAUUUUAUACAGAUUCCAACGGCAGAGAUUUUAUCAAAAGGAUUCGUGACUAUAGAGCAGACUGGAACCUUGAAGUGAACCAGCCUGUUGCGGGAAAUUAUUAUCCUAUAAAUCUUGGGAUCUAUACGCAAGACGAUAAGAAAGAAUUUUCAGUUUUGGUAGAUCGUGCGCUUGGGGGGUCCAGCCUAGUUGAUGGGCAGUUGGAGUUGAUGCUUCACAGGAGGCUAUUACUAGAUGAUUCAAGAGGUGUUGCAGAGGCUUUAAAUGAAACAGUUUGUGUUAAUAAUGAAUGCAGAGGACUAAUAAUUCAAGGAAAACUAUAUUACAGAAUUGAUCCAUUAGGAGAAGGUGCAAAAUGGCGUCGUUCGUUUGGUCAGGAGAUCUAUUCUCCACUUCUUCUAGCCUUUGCUGAACAGGAUGGAGAUAAUUGGGCAAAAUCUCAUAAAGUUACUUUCUCUGGAAUUGAUUCAUCAUACAGUUUACCCAAAAAUGUUGCUGUUAUAACUUUACAGGAAAUCCACGAUGGAAACAUUCUACUUCGAUUGGCUCAUUUAUACGAGGCUGGAGAGGAAAAGGAAUAUUCAGUGAUUUCUAGAGUAGAACUAAAGAAGCUAUUUCCAGGAAAGGAGAUCAAGAAGGUAACAGAAAUGAACUUGUCUGCUAACCAAAAGAGAACAGAUAUGGAGAAGAAACGCAAGGUCUGGAAGGUAGAAAAUGGUUCAAAUGAAGUUGAAGUUAAGAGAGGAGGGCCUGUAGAUCCUAAAAGGUUAGUGGUGGAACUUUCUCCUAUGGAAAUCCGGACCUUUAUCAUUGAUUUGGGUGAGGAGCUGCUCAACCGCAAAUUUCUUUUUGAUGCUUAAUACUUUGAAGUUCAUGGCCUCUGGUCUGCGUUUUAGUUUUGUUUUCCUUUUGUUUUCCUUUUAUUUGGGAAUUCAGGUUAACCUUUCAGUUUGCUACUGAACGGGAAAAAUUAAAAAGAAAUAUAAAUAAUUUGAGAGGUUAACCUUCGUUGUAUGCCAGUGCCUCAUGUUCAUCAUGAGAGAAGGCAGUUCCUUGAGUAGUUCAGUCCUGUAAACAAUACACGUGAACUUAAUUGAGGCUCGACUCCUUUUUUUUGGAAGUCUUUUGUUCCA